ACCAGACUACCUCUGACAGUCAAAAUGACGGACAUAAGGGUACUGGGGGUAAAGUUUGACCGGGAGGGAGGAGGGAGCGGUAACUGGAGUGGGAUCCUGGGGACAGUAAGACAGAGAGUGGGUUUUUGGGGACUACGACAGCUGACUUUUGAGGGCAAGGUUUUAAUCAUUAAAGCUGUGAUUUUACCUGUGCGUUUAUUAAUCAGUUCUGUUUUUAUUCCCCCUCAAAGGAGUAUUUUAGACCUGGAGCGGAAGCUUUUUUACUUCCUGUGGGGAGGCAAGUGGGAGAGGCUGAGGAGGGAGGUGGUCAAGAGGCCCAUGUCCAAGGGGGGGGAAGGCUUGCCUGACCUCUACUUGUUCCUGGGCAGCCGCUACACAGCGUUACAUCUGACUCUUGCCACCUCCCCAGUCAACAACAAGACUCAGGCCCUCGCACGGUUCUGGCUGGGAUCUUACCUCAGGACUCUGAUACUGAUCCCAGUCGACCUGCGAGCCCCAGUCUCUUUCCUGCUACCCCCGCACUACGUCCAGCUCCAGAAGUGUUUAAGACAUUUUAAACUGGAAAAAGAAACAGUCCCAGUUUUAACUAAACACCGCUCUCUUCUCUCUCUUGUGCAGGAUCGGGAACCAGUGUGUCCAGUGCGCGGGCUCGCUCUAGGCGAGCCCACAACGGUCUGGCGCAACGUGGCCCAUCCUGCUCUCCUGAAUCGGCAUCGGGACCUGUCCUGGAUGGUCGCCCACGAGAUCCUCCCGGUCAGGGCCGUUAUGCACUCAUGGCGAGGACAUCCGCGUGCCCCCGACCAGGCUGCGGCCAAGAAGAGUCGGUGAGGCACAUGCUCUGGGAGUGCAGAGCUGCCAGGGACCUGUGGAAGGAAGCAGGCC